AUGAUGGAACUAGAAAAUAAAAAAAAUGCUAAAUUAUUAGGACUGAUAAAACUAAAGGAUAAACUAUUAAAUUUAAACCCUCUUUAUAAUCGAAAAAUAAGGUUUUCAUUAAGUGAAAGUCAAGAAGCCAGAGAAAAUUUCUCCUUAGAUUUAGAAAGUUUUUUUCAGUCAUCGACCCCCGAAGUUAUUUCUAGAUUUCAAAAAAAAGUAGUUCAUCUCCAAAAGAAAAAUUUAGCAGUUCAACAAGAAAAAGGAUAUAAAGCACUUUUUUUAGGAGUUAUUUUUGUGCGAGGUUAUUUUUACAACCGCCAAAACAUCCUUCGCUUAGUCAAUGCUCCUUUAUUUCUACUCCCUUGUGAUUUUGACAUCAAAAAGACUAAAAAGUUAAGUCUUUUUUUUUAUUCAGAAAGGAAAAUUAAUUACAAUUUGCUUUACUACCUUCAAAAAGAAUUAGGAUUAACCAAAGAAAAAUUAACUUAUUUCGAGAAUAAGUUAAAAAAUAACCAAGGAAUGGAUGGAAAAAAUUACCUAAGUUUUCUUACUCAGGAAUUACAAACUUUGGUGGCCGCUAGUCCAGUUAAAAUCAAACUUUCGCGAACCAUUUCUUCGCUAAUGAGAGAAAAAAAUAAUUUUCUAACUGAACGUGAAGAAAAAAGUCGAGGAACAAGCAUUAAACGAAAAAGUGAGUAUUUUCAACCUGAACCUUUUGUUCGGUUAACUUUAAGCAAUAAACCAAAAAAUUAUCCGGAAAACGAAUUAGAAAUAGUUUUAAAUUUUUGUCUAACUAUCGACAGUGAACCUAAUUUAAGUUUAUUCCGCGACUUUGAGGAAAUUGUUGAGGAAUAUUCACAAGGCAAGACCAUUAAUUGGUCAAAAUCAGCCUUGGCUUUACUAAGGGGCGAAGCGGAGAAUAUACUUAGCUAUCCCGAACCGAAAGAGACUAGUCAGCAACGAAAACCCCUCUAUCUCCCUUUUGCUAGCGACCCCUCUCAAACCCAUAUUUUAAAAAAAAUUUUUCGCGAUUUUGUGCAAAACACUCUCUGUAUUGAUGGUCCGCCCGGCACCGGAAAGAGUCAAUUAAUUUGUAAUUUACUAGCAAAUGCUUUGAUCUAUCAAAAAAAAGUUUUAGUAGUUUGUGAAAAGGAAGUAGCUUUAAAAGUUAUUUAUGACAAGUUAGGCAUUAUUGGUCUUAAUUUUUUAAUUAUUAAAAUAAAUGAAUUGGCUCAAACUCGCCAGAUUUACCAAGAAAUAUUAAAUCGCCUAGAAAAUAACCAGCAAGAAAGGUCUAACUACUAUGAAUACUCAAAUGGCGAGAAACAAAUGGCUAGUUUGGAAGAAAGGGAAGCCUCCAAUUUGAGAAAAAUUGUUAAUUAUUGCCAAGUGGCAAAGGAAUUUCAAACCAGUCGCCAGAUUCCUUUGCAGAAAGUUUAUUUAAAAUUUGACCGAAAGCAUCAAUUAUCGCCAACCUUGAUCCGAAUAAGUAAAUGGGUGAAAAAUAAGGAACAAUUAGAUAAAUUAAAAGAUGAUUUAGAAAAAUACAUUAGCAAAUUUAGCAAGAUUUUUGACAUAAUUAAUAAUUUACUAAAAGAGUUGAAGGGUGAAAAAGUAGAAAUUAAUUUAUUAUCAUUAAUUCUGAGCACCAAACUAGCACAAGAGUGUAGCAAAAAUCACCAGUCGACCAAACUAUUAGAAAGCAAACUAAAAGGUGAGGAAAAAUUUUUAAUUACUAUUCAGCAGUUUGUUUCAGAAGAAUUCUUAGCCAUUGGCGAACUUCAUUUUUUUCUAGCCAAAUUUGACGAAAGUGCCAAAGAAAAUAUUAGUUACUUUUUCCAAAAGAUUUUGGUCGACCAGGAAUUAAGUUAUUUGGAUAAUUAUAAUGAAUUAACUAGAAUUCAACGCGAACAAUCAGAAAUCAUUAGAAGGAAAAAGGAUUUAGUAAAAAUAAUCCUUAAAAAUAAACAAAAAGAAAAUUUAGAUGAAUUAUCUGCUAAUCAGUUAUUAGCAAAGGAACUAAAUAAAAAGAGAAAAAUUUCUUCUUUAAAAAAACUUUUUCCAGAAUUACAAGAAGAGGAAAUAGAAAAUUUACUAAAUGAAACAGGAAAAAAUAUUAAUUUAGAAAUUGAUGAUUUAGAAAAAAAUAGCAAUUUACUAACUUAUGCUAAAAAAUAUGCUCGCAAUAAGGAAAAAUUAACUUUAUUAUACCAUUAUCGCUCUCGACACCCUGAAUUAAUUGAAUUUUCUAACCAAGCAUUUUAUAACGGUAUUUUACAAAUUGUUUCCGCCAGUGAAAAAAAAAAUUACUUGCCACCGAUUGAGUAUCACUACCAACCUGAGGGACGUUGGAUAAACACCGAAAAUGAGAUCGAAGCUCGUUAUAUUGCUCAGUUAUUAAAAACGCUUCCUACUGACAAAGAAAUUGGAAUUAUUACUUUUAAUGUCAAACAGCAAGGAAAAAUAGAAGACUAUAUUGACAAAGAAAGAAAUCAAUACAAAAAUUUGUUUAUUAAAAAUUUAGAAGAAGUUCAAGGAGAUGAAAGAGACAUUAUUAUUUUUUCCAUUGGCUAUGCUCGGAAUGAAGAGGGUAAAUUUUAUCUCCACUUUGGCCCGCUUGGUCAAGAGGGCGGCGAAAAACGGCUUAAUGUUGCCAUCAGUCGGGCACGAGAGAAAGUAAUUGUCGUAACUAGUCUUUUGCCAAGUGAUUUAAGUAGAAUUACCGAUGAAGAUGAAAAUCGAAAACUGGGGUCAAAACUAUUCAAAAAAUAUUUAGAAUAUGCCUAUUAUUGUGGAAAAAAUCAGUCGGAAAACACACAAAAUAUAUUGAAAAAACUUCCAGAAAUUGUUAAUGCUUCUCUUUAUGAAAAAGAUUCAGGACUGAAAGAUUUUGAUUCAUUAUUUGAAGAAAAAGUAUAUAACGAAUUAGUAAAAAAUAUUGAAGGAUACAAAAUUCAUAAGCAAAUAAAAAGCGUUGGUUAUCAUAUUGAUUUAGCCCUUUGGGACAACCAAAUUAAGCAGUAUAUUUUAGGUAUUGAAUGCGAUGGUUAUUAUUGA